AUGUCUCAAAUAGAUGUCGAUGGUCCUCAAACUUCAGAGAAUUCUUCUCAGCAGACCCUCACCAUUAAAGAAAAGAAUGAGAUAUUUCUUAAGUCCACUGAAACAGAUGACAACGGAAACCCUUUUGGGCUUGGGAAACUGAAAGAGACUAUCAACAAAGGGAAAAUAAAAGAAAGUUAUGGAAACUCUCAAUCCUCAUCAAUUUCCGAGAUAGAUCAACAGCUACAAGCUGCUCGUCAAAACAUUGAGGAACAAGAAGCCGAAAAUGCAAGACGUGAUGCGGAGAACCGAGUUUCUCAAUCUAAGAUCGCAAGCUUGGAGUUUCUCUUAUCCUACUUCAAAACAAAUGAUCCAGCAUUUGCAGCAUAUGUGGCUUCUCAAUCAGAUCGAGCCGCACCAACCACAACACCAGGUACCACUCUAAGAGCCGCACCACCAACCACAGCAGGAACCACUCCAGGAAAUGCACCACCAACCACAGCAGGAACCACAGAAAGAACCUCACCAACCAAUUCUCCCUUGUCAAACACUUCAUCAACCUCUCCAUCUUAA